CUGCUACGCCUCCUUCCGUGUGUUUCAUACGUUCGCACAAAACUAAAUAUUUCCUUAAAAAUCUGUAUAUCUAACUAGAGAGAACGGUACAUUCUUGCUUGCACCAACAGUGAAAUACCCCAAAACAAACUUCCGGCGCUAAGUUAUAUGCGCCCACAGCGGCAGAAAACAGAAGUCCGAACCACCUCCUGCAGUUUGUGGGCGUAGUACUGAGGGUGGAGGGGGAAAAUAAAAAAUAGUAUAAACUCGUGUUGCCUUUAUAUUAGGAGAGUCUACAUACCAAAUUUGGCGAAUGUGAGCUUAUCCGUCUCCAAAAUCUAUGCAUUCAUCCAGAUAGGCGAACAGACGGACAUGGCCAUAUCGAUUCGUCUCGUCAGUUUUUAAAUAUUUUGAUGAAACUAAUUACAUAAACCUAUCUUGUAGAAGCAACCGCCCGAAAGAAUCAUCCAUCGUCGAAUAACAUGAUAUAAAUAUAUGCUGUUGCGAAUUUUUGGAAUGAGUCUUUGUCAUGUAUGCUGUCUAAGUUCUUGCUUAGUUUAAUGCCGCCCUUGCACUUUUCCUCUAGAAGUUUAAGUUUUAAGUGGAACUUCGCAUACAAAAAUACUGUAAUAAAAUAUAACACUACCGCAGUCAAUACCACAGACGCAAUUCGAAACCAGUUUAGCUUGUUUCAUUGUUAGGUGCUUAAACCACCCGUCUAACUUAUUGACUAACUGGUUGAAGUUAACUAAAUGAACGGGUCACUCGACAAAAUAAACUUAAACAGCACGGAACGCAAAAACAUACAAAAGUUGAAUUUUUGUUGAAAUGUCAACUCAAACAAUGAAUGCUACAAUAACGGCGGUAGUGAAAGCCAGCAACUUCCUGACGGUUGAUAAUCCUAUCUUCUGUUGCUACCUCUUCUGGGCAACGGCGCUAGUGGUUAAGAUGCUCUUCAUGUCACUACUGACGGCGUUGCAACGUUUCCGCUACAAGAUUUUCCCCAAUCAUGAAGACUUGUUUUUUAAAAACGUUGAAGUGCAAUUUGAUGAUCCACAUGUCGAGCGUGUGCGCAGGGCCCAUCGUAAUGAUUUGGAGAACAUCCUACCGUACUUCAUCAUGGCCUUGAUGUACAUAUGUACAAAUCCCAGUCAGGUUGUAGCGUGCAAUUUGUUCAGAGUGGCUGCAAUAGCGCGGUUUAUUCACACGUUAGUUUAUGCCAUAUAUCCGAUCCCUCAGCCAGCGCGGAUCAUCGCAUUUGCUACAAUGUUGCUCAUCACCUUCUACAUGGCCUUCGUUGUCGCACUUCGCACUCUGAGUUUCAUCUGA